AAACGUGUUAUGUGCUAAUAGACAUAUAAAUAGGUUGUUGGGUGUCCCGACCAUCAGUUGUUAGGCCUGGCUCUGGUCUGGUAAUUUGCCAUAAACAUGAAGACGGAGUCGUACAUUUUUUUGACGACAUGUAUCCUUGUAGGAUGCAUAGAUUCGUCUGAACAAUAUGGCACUAAGGGAGGACAUAAAAGUUUCACGCAGAGUUUCAGCAGUUCCUCAGCUUCAGCUCAUUCGUCAUCUUUCAGUAGUAGCGGUUCCUAUUCUUUUGGAGACAAGAGUGUUCUUCCAAUCAUAGGACCAAUUCCAAUUGCUAAGAGUACAGCAAUAGCUUCAGCGUCAGCAGGAGCUGCCUCAGCAGUAGCAGGAGCAAGUUCUUCAGCAGCAGGACACACAACUAAUGCAGUUGGUGGUUCUUCAGUUGGCAUAAGUGGUAGUGGAAGUUAUGGAGGGGGUUCAAGUUCACAAGGAGCAUCCAUACAAUCAGGAUCGUAUCACAGUGGCAGUAAAGGACAUAAUCAUGGCCACAACAACCCAUCAGCAGGUUUCAAUAAUGGCCAGUAUUCAGGUGAUUCAGGCUUUGGUCAACCACAAGAGCCUGGUUAUGGUGGAUCCAAACUAUAUACUGUAAUUCAACCCUCAGGUUAUGGACAAACCCAUACUGGUUCUGGAAGUUAUGGCGUAUCCAGUGUUAAUUCCCAAACCACUUCAUCAGGUGGAUCAUAUGGAUCUCACUCUACAGUAAUUGCUGGGUCAAAAGACAAGGACGAAACUACUAUCUUGAGGAAACCUCCUUGUUGUAAACCUAUUCCUCCAGGACCUAAUGGAAGUAUUCAUGAUUAUAAAGUUCCAUCAAAUGUCAACACUGAGAGUCAAACAUCUUCAGGACUAACAGGUUAUGGACCUGUUGCUGUUGGAUCAGGGACCUAUGGUGGCUCAGUACCUUCUGGUCAAGUUCCUUCUUCAGGAUACGGACAAACAAACGUGGGUUCAGGUGCAUCUAUAGUAGGAUCUCAAGUUAGUUCUACAGGCUUCGGUCAAACCACCAUUGGAUCAGGAAGUUAUGGAGGUGCGAAAAAACCAAGUAAAGACACUGAAAGUGGAACCACCGGCCGAAAACCUUGUUGUAAAGGACCAUUUCCUGGACCAAACGGAAGCAUCUACGACAGCAAACCAGCGUCAGCUGUUGGAACAGCAGUGAAACCUUCUGGUUCCCAAGAACCAAUCAAACCUUCAGUUCCUCUACACAGACCUCCUAUCAAUUUUCCAGGACCAUCAGGAAGUAUUUAUACGAGUAAACCAGUAAAACCCGCAUCAGGAGUAUCCGGAACAUAUAAGCCUUCUUAUUCGGUUCAACCAGUAAGCAGUUCACCAGGUCUUUCACAACAUGUACAUACCAACAAACCUAUAAGUACUUAUCAACCAUCUUCUCUUCCUGGUGUGGCUGUUGGAGGUUAUCAACCCUCAGGACCUGCUCUACCAAGCUCGCCAUCUAUUUCUUCCAACACCAUUCUGAAGCCAGUUGAAGAAUAUCAACCCUUAGCUCCUACAUCAAUUUUCAUUCAACCUGUUUCUGGCACCAAACCCCUUGGAGGAGGAAACAACCAAUACGGCUAUCAAAGCAAAGCAAAUGCCGCUGCAACGAGUAGUGCUAAUUCUUACCAGACACAAUACCAGGGAACUUCAGAAUACAAACCAUCCUGUACCCAAGGAGGUUGCAAAAAAGAAUCAUCAAUUACUUAUCAAGUUGUUGGAGGUUAUCAACCGUCAGGACCUGCUCUACCAAGUUCACCAUCUAUUCCUUCUAACACCAUUUCGAAGCCAGUAGAAGGAUAUACCCCCACAGCUCCUUCAUCCACAGUUAUUCAAACUGUAUCUGGUGUCCCUAGUACCAAGCCUCUUGGAGGAGGAAUCAACCAGUAUGGUUCUCAAAGUAAUGCUAAUGCUGGAGCUACUGGUAGUGCUAAUUCUUAUCAGACACAAUACCAGGGAUCUUCAGAAUACAAACCAUCUUGUACUCAAGGAGGUUGCAAAAAACAUCCAUCAAUUACUUAUGAAAUUGUUGGGGGUCAUCAACCUUCGGGACAAUCUUUACCAAGUUCACCAUCUAUUCCCCAACCUUCAGCACCAUCACCUGUUCCUUCUAAGCCUCUCGGAGGGGGAAACAUUCAAUAUGGUUAUCAAAGUAAUGUUAAUCCAGCUGCCACCAGUAGUGGCAAUUCUUACCAGACACAAUAUCAGGGACCUUUAGAACACAAAACAACCUGCACUGGAUUAACUUGCAAAAAUGAACCUCCAAGAACAUAUCUACAACCUCCACAACAUCAAGGUAAACCAAUAACUGAAACAGUUCGUGAACAACCAAUUCCCCAAGCAACACCAGGUACCAUUUAUAAUGGAGUGAAACCACAAGUUCCAACAACCGUUGAUGUUUCUAAGCAAGGAUCUUACGGAGUCCAAGUAUCUAGCACCAAUAAUGGUUACAAUGCUGGUACGACAUCGUCUGUUUCUGCCAAUACUGCAUCAACAUAUGGACCAUCUGAUUCUGAUAUAAGAGGGAAUGGUUACAAUUCACCUCAAGGACCUUCAUACUCCCAAAUUAAGCCUCAACAAAUACCGACCCAAACAACUUCACCUGGCAUUCAAAAACAGAGUGGCUCAGUAGGUUACCAAACAAGUACUUCAACCUCAUCAGCCAGUUCCUCCUCAUCUUCAACACAUUCCGCAGGAACAUUUACAGGAGGACAAACUAUUUACAGUCAUGGAGUUGUUCAGAAACCAACAGUUCCAACUAUUACAAUCGAUAAUGACAAAGGAUUAGAUCAAGAUAGAAUUUUAUAUGUGAGUAGCCCGGGGUCUCCAGGCUACGUUGGUGGAAAGACUUCAGGAUACAGCCCUUCAGUCACAGAAAACACCAUUUCAGGAAGUGGCUUAAAGGAAGGUCCUCGAGGGUCUCCCUACUCUCCUACAAGUCCACCUAAAUACGAAGGUAAGACUUCGAAUUCUGAUGAUUACGAUGGAGAUGCUGCCAUCGUCUUUGUAGAUGGACAGAGAGGAGUUGGUGCAGGUAGCUACUCUUCUGGUAGAGGUUACUCCAGUUCAUCUGGUUUUGCAUACUCAGGCUCUGGUGGAAGCCACGCUAAAGGUGUGAACGUAUACUCUACAUCAAACAGUGGUUCGCCUAACAAAGAUCUCUCCCCAGGUGAAGCUGGAAAGAAACACACAUAUACGAGUACGCUUUAUGUUGAUUUGAACAAACCAGGAAAAUCUGGUCAAGAAGCAAUUGCAAGUGGACCAGGAGGUCAAGGUGUUCUACUAGUUGGAACUUCUUCCGGUGAUAAUUCCAAAUCAGCAGGUGGAUCCUACAGUUUUUCCGGAGGUUAUGGUGGCAGCUCUGUAGGUCAUAAGGGAAUUCCUUGUGGCACCAACGGUUGUGGCACAUCUUACAGGCAGUAUUCUAACGCAGUACCUUCUUCAGGUAGUAACGAUGUGACUAUUCACAUAGCCUCUAUUCCAAGUGGUUCUGGCAGCUCUUACUCUUCAAGUGGUUCAUAUGGUGGAGGAUCACAUGGUGGAUAUGGAAGUGGGCAUGUAAUUGUGGGUUCCACUAAAGGAGGGUCAGCGGUUGGAUCAUAUGGAGGUUCCUCGGGAAGUUCUGGCAGUGGAGUAGGAAGUGGGGGAUUUUUAUCUUCGAUCUUCUUGGAUGGUGGAGCAGCAGCAAAUUCUGGUUCCUAUGGUGGAGCAGCAGCAAAUUCUGGUUCCUAUGGUGGAGCUGGAAGUUACUCCCAUUCUGGAUCUUUUUCGAAAUCGAGCUCUCAUGCCAGUAGUUCAAGCUUUGCUUCAUCUAGUUCAGGGUCAUAUAGCUCCAACCAUUAUUAGAUAUAUGAAAUGUAUGAUUGAGAUAUAAUCUAGCUGAAUAUGUGAAUGAAAUUUUGUUAUUUAUUGAUAUCUUUGUAAUACAGUGAAUAAAGUUAUUUUAUUUUUGAA